CUCUUGUUAAACAUCAACAACAGGAAUCUAAAUGGAAAUGAAAUUUCUUGGUAUAUUUGUCCUGGCCACUCUUCUGAAACAUGCAGGAGCUGGUUGCUAUGCUGGCACGGAGUAUCCUAUGUGCACUGGCUGUGGUGGGGACUGCACAAGUGGCAAUGGAUGCCUUUGUGGAGAUGGUAUGGAUACCUGUCUCCCCAAUCUGUGUAUUAUGAAUUCCAAUGAUUGCUGCCCUGUUGGACUGUACUGGAAUUCUUCAGCUUCCUGCUGCACUGAUGAGAUUAUUUGCAGUCCACCCUGUGCUGGAGAUGAAAAAUGUUCAAUUGUUGGUAAUAAUCCAAUUUGUGUCUGUCAAAAUAGUUUAUACAUCAAUGCAACUAUAAAUGACUUGGUACCAUCAUUGUCCUGCGACGGAUCUACAAUGACUACUUCUUUCAGUCGGUGCCUUGUGACAUACCUUGGGUAUGAUUACAACAACUUGGAGCUGAAUAACAAAUCAUCUGAGUGUAUCUUCGAUUAUACAGACAUCAUAGACAAUAAGCGUGUGCAGCAUGUUCAGGUUAACGCACAAACCGGAUGGUGUGGAAAUAUAGCAACGAAUUCUUCCCAGAUGAUCCAUUACACAAACACACUUCACAUCGGCCCUUUGAAUUCAAUACUUAUCACAAAAAACCCCAUAGCGUACAAUUUCACUUGCUCUUAUAAUGUUACGAUGCAGACCAGCCUUAACUUUUCUCUGAAACCUGUUUACAGUGUUGCUACUUUAGAACCAAUCAGUGGAGGUGGUGCAUAUGCUGUUAAAAUGGCUGCAUAUCAUGAUUACAAAUUCACUUCUCCAAUACAAGAUGAUGAGGAAAUAUCAAUUGGAAGCGACAUCUUCCUAGGAAUUUUUAUUCCAGAUGCUGAUGGAGUGAGGUUUACUGUGAGGGCAGUUCAGUGUUUUGCCACUGCCACCAACAAUCGUGACGAUAAAAACAAAGUUCAGCUAGUAAGCGGAGGUUGUCCCUUUAAAGGUGAAGUUCUAACAGAGGUAAUAACAAAUGGAGAGGGUCUGGAGGCCAGAAUCAAGAUCAAGGCUUUUGCAUUUAAAGAUCUCCAAGAAGUUUACAUAUUUUGUGAUGUGAGGAUAUGUGACAUAAGUGAAGGAUGCACAGGGUGUAAAGACAACCGGAACCUUAGAAUGAGCGCAGACUAUGCUUCAUUGUCAUUAAGACUUCCGCUACAAGAGGACUACAGUUUCAGCAGCUCUAGCUCCCAGAUAGCCUUAUCUUGGGCUAUGAUUGCUGGCUGCCUGCUCUCAUUUCUUUCUCUUAAGUUCUUCUGAGGAGACCAUCAGAAUUUAGCCUGCUGAUCUGGAUAUGGAUGAACCACAUCUACAAGAUUCAUUUGUAACCAUGGCCUCAUUCUGUGGGACUAAAAAUAAUUUAUUUUUUUCCCUUCGACAUACUCUCAUUAGUAUGUCAUAUUUAAUGUUGGAAAG